GACUCCUGUGGAAUUCUGUGUCUUCUGUAACUACGAAGCUCAAGAGCUGGAUAUAAACCAGAAUACGGAAAACAGAGUUUAUCCAUCCAAACCCAAGACUGUUUAAUAGCAUCUAUCUGUGCUAUUUACCUUUUCCUACCAAGUUUUUCCUAUGAGUAGUAUUUUCUAAGUCAGCUCUGACAGAAAUAGAAUAUCAACAUUACUUCUAGCAUUAUGCAAUGGACUCAUCUUAUGCUCACUGCCUGAUAGAUUAUUUUAGAACUGGCUAUACCAAAAUAUCCAGAACUACAUUCUUUGACUCACUAGAUGUUUAUGUUUUCUCUUAAGCUACCUACUAUGAACACAACAAUACAUUAGCCUCUUUCUUCACUAUCUAUAACUGUUUGCUCCCUGGUCCUGUAGGAACACGAAAGAAAUGUUACUCCAAACAGUGAAAAAUAAUUGCUCUAGUAAAGACUGAAACAAGGUCUCCUCUACUUCUUCAUGAAAAGUGAACUCUUUCAGUGAAAACAUCCACAGGGUAAUGACAGUAAAAAAAAAUGGCAACUUAAAUGAAACAUGAGGGGUUUUUAAUGUUUAUCAACUAUUUAGUUUUAGCUCAUUUUUCAGACUACAAGGUAUCUAAGAUCAGGUUUUAUCAGAACCAGUGCACUGAUACAGCUCUGGGGAAAACUCUCCUGGUGCUGUUACUGCUUAUAUGAGCGAACAAACACCUUUACUGGUAGAGAUAAUAUCCAGCACACCUUUUGUGCCAGCAUCUACAUUUACACAUUGCAAUUGAUCAUAUACAAAUACUGUUCAAGAAGUCACAAAGCCAUAAUCAACAUGAUUAUACCAUCACAAGAUGCUAGGACAGCUUUAGUUGCAACAGAAUGAAGGAAAAAAUAAUCAAAGUUAAUCAUACGUGAAAGUUUGGUUCAUUACAGGUCACUAACACACAUGGGCAUCAUGGUUAAACAACAUUUUAUUUCCUUUUAUGCACGAUAACAUCUCAGUCUUUAAGAACAAAAUUUUCACAGAAGACUCAACUAAUGGCAAUAUGAGCACAAGUGUUGUGGAAGAUGAUCACUGUUCAUCUAUAUAUUCACAGCUAUUAGCAGAGUUGCAACCAUGGCGUAAUUUCUCAUCAUAACUUUGUUAAGUCUUGACUUCAUUAAUACCUUGUUCUCAAAAUAUAAGCCUUAUUUUCUCACAGUCUUAAUGUACUCCAAGACUGUGUGAAAGCAUUCAGUAAACACAUUUAGUUCCCAACAGAAACCAAACCUAUAUACAUUUCAAAAUACUUCUCCAAACGCACAUCUAACAGACAUUUAAGUGUACACAGAAGACAGCCUGAGCAUAGCACAUUGGUUUCUUCUACAGCUUUAUUUUUUAAAACAAAGACUGCAACCCCACACCUAAAACCAAAAGGAAACUCAUUUUUGGCUCCCAGGUUCUGAGGUCUAAUGUGAAACGUAAUGAACAGCUGGCCUUGCUCUUAAAGGGUUAAGAAUGAAAAGUUUAAACCACUUUUAUUUCUCCAGCUGUAAAACCAAAAUAUCACCAGUCUUUCUGCAGCCAGGGUACUGGAUAAUUUAGGCUAAAAUAAAUGUUUAUUAAAAAAGGGCGUUGAUUUCUUGGCAGUGGUGAAAAGCAGGAGACACCCCUAGUGUCGACGUAAUAUACUACAGGACUCCAUACUGUACCUCUGGGUUAAUUUUAAGGCAGUAAAAAGGUAAUUUAAAACAUCGUGAUCUAAAAGCAGAGCAACUCAAAUAUACACACCUGGACAUACGUUCUUCCUGCAGUCCCAAAACCCCCACGCCUAUCAUAUUUGGAGUGUCAGCUUUCCAAACCCGGACCAAUUAAAGUAUACAUUAUCUAGCCCGUCUCCCUGCCAUGGGCUACGUGCAUUAGAGCUUUCCGGUCUGCACAUGAACAGAAAAACGCUGCUGCACCAAGGGCGGGGGGGGAAGAACCCUACUGAGAUUGCAAAACAACCCCCGCAAGACAUCGCUACCGAAAUGCCGGGCUUGCUUAGGGCGCUGCGGAUACAUCUGGCAUUUGUUCUGGGGAGCUCUGGUACGAGCUGUGGGUUGACUGCUCAAAGGCCUUGCAGCAACUGGGGAGAGAAAACUGGGAAAUGGCUUGAUUGUUGAUCCCUUAACAGUUUCAUUUGGGAACAAAUUUUGAAUACCAUGGCAUCACCUGUGUGAAAAAUUAAGUACCUUGUUAGAGCCUUCAAGGAGAAUGUGAUGCAGCAUGAUCACAUGUGUUCAUCUAAAUGUUCAAGGCCCCCUCAGCUGAGGAGAUGAGACCACGCUGAGAGCCAGAGAACUGCAGCCCUCACACUGAAGCUUCACCCUCCAAGACCUCUCUCCUGUCCCUGCUGCAUCUGCAUCGCGUGUAUGUGUCACUGAUGGGAAGCUACUGGAGGGGACAGGUGAAUGUGUCACAGGUGAAGUUGGAUUCAUCCAAUGAAAAGUCAGAGCUAAUAUGCAGAUAAGCUGUGGCGCAUGCUUCAUGCUGGUCCAAUUUGUCUGGAAAACGUUCUGGAGAAAUCCAUUUGGUCUCCCGACUGUGUCUACUCAAUAUGAUCUCUCUGUGCAUGAUAAUAUGUCAACUGCAUAAGCCUUUCAGUAUUGCUAUUUAUGCAGGCCUUCCCACUUAGAGUUAAUGCGCUAAUCCUGCUGCACAGUGCCACAAUAAUUAAUUAUAUAAAAUGUGCCUUGAGAUCAGAACAAGGUGUUUCUUUUAUGGUGGCCAACCCACAGCAUUUAGAUUCCAAGGUGGUGUGGACAAUGCCUGUAAUAGCCUUUUGCUGCUUUCCCCUCUGGUUAUUUCUUAACACAGUGCUAAAUUUGGAAAUGUUCCGGUUUGGGGUUUCUUUUCGAGAAUUGGAUGGAAAGCCACAAUCUCUCAUUUGCUAAAAAUAGCCAUAUGUGUGAUCCUCUAUGGCGUGAAUUGUGCUGAGACUUGCGCUUCCAGCUCUCAAUCACAGAAUAGCUGAGAAACUGCAUGUCUUCCUUGCAGCUGACAUGUUUAUUUGCAAAGAUUUGGCUCUGAUUUUCAGUAUAAAAACCCAUUAGUCUCUCAGCUAGAUCCCUUGCUCAGAUAAAUGGGGUGGGAUUUGUUUGUUUGUUUGGGAUUUGUUUUGUUUGUUUUUUAAUACUUGCAGGGGUGGACCCUGGAGUAGCAGAAAAAACCCAGAAUUUUCUGAGGAAAUUCUGCAACAAAGUCUCUCAUACAAGAACAGAUCACUUGUCAGUAAACUGAGCGAAGAUAUUCAGCUCUGUUGCAGAUUGUGCUAUUGUGACAAAUGUCGCUAAUCCAGCAUCAUGCACCUUUACCUACUUUGGACAGAAAUGGGGUGAACAGGUGCUGCUCUUCAGGAGUGGCUGCACGAGGAAGACACACAUCAGCAGUCCAGGCUGUCCCUCACACCUGCCAUGGCCACUGUAUGGUUAAGGACCAUUUAGCUUCAUGUGAAUAAUUUUGCUGAUCAGCACUUUUCUGCCUGGGGGAAGAUGAAGUGUUGAUUCUCCUGUGGCGAUGUGCAAUAACAUGAAACUGAGCCUCAGUGUUAAAAGACAGGGAUCAUUCCAGACAUGUAAGUUAGAAGAGCAAAAGAAAUAGCUGAGCUUUGAAGAUGAAAUAGAAACAAUAUAGAGAAAUAAGUGUUAUAAAAGUAGUUGCUUCUAUCUAGUAUUGGAUCGAGGUAAUUUUAUGCUUUGACACUGAGUUGCUUGAGUAGCUAAUGGUAAAUUCUGUAGUCAUUGGCUUGGUGCCACCGUGUCUAGAAUUUCAUGUCACACCUCCAAGGGCUUUUCCUGCAGGUAAAUGAGAAACUGAACUUGUGCAAAAUUGUGGAGUCAGCAUCCUUUUCUGUUCCUAUUAAACCACUUUUUUCAGCUAAGGUCAUUUAGUUGUUCUGUUUGAAGAGGAUCUGUCCCUGGACAUUUCAUAUUGGCAAUUUAUGGCACAGGAUCCUGUCAUCCUGACUCAGCACAAACGCUGAGCCAGCAGGAGCAGGUGAGCAGGAAAACCUGCGGAAAGGCUGCCUGCAGGGGGGAAAAUGCUGGCGGAUUCUUUUGGCUUUGUUCCCCAUAAGCCCUUCUACCUGGAGAAGAGGUUUCCUUUCCUCAGGCCCGAGGGGCAGCAAGGUAGAGACAGAAGGAAGAACCAGUUCUUAGGCUCUGGUGCUCACCCCAGGCUCCAUAGCAUUAUGACCUCAAGGCAGCUAAUAAAGGGAUAGUUUGGCUUCCAGUCACACAGUGAAGGGUGUUUAAUUUGAGUUGUCCUUGUCUCUGACCUGUAUUUUUGGGUUAUCCAUUCAGAGAAGAAAAAAAAAAAGUAUACCCUUUCCCAAAAGGGAACCACUGGAAUGAAAGGGAAGAGAAGGAAAUCAUUUAUCUUCUUAAAGCAAAAGGAAUUACUGACAGAAAAGGACAUUAAACAGGAGGAGUGUCUGUGCUCCAGAGUCCAGCAAGCAUCAUUUCAAGGCUUAUGGGAAAUGAAGAAAGCCUUCACAGAAAUACAACUCAGAAAUUCAGUUUGAUCAUCUCAACUCUGAAAUACACCUUCAAUUUAUUCCUGGCCCUGGGACUGCUAGACAGAUUCUUUGCUGUAAAUAUAACACAAAGCUUUUUAAUUACUUUUUAGUGAUAAACUUGUAGCUUGGUUUCCAAAGAGCAUGAAGUUUUUAUUAGCUAUGUGCGAGUUUCUGUCUAAUAAUUUUAGAACCUGCUGGCUGAUGUCAAGCACACUCGACAGCCAGAGAAUUGGAAACCAUAUAUUGAAUCUUUGAUUUUCAAACUGCCUAAUAGAUGAUUGGCUUGUUCAGCAAUUAUGGCCUUCAACAGCAAUCAGGUCCUCACAAUAGCAUGAUUUACAUGAGUGAAGGAACAAUGUAUUGAGACUAUAAACAACCUAACAAUGCAUAAAAGCAUCACAAGGUGAACACACUGCCAAGCUUAUAGCCUGAGAUUGCUGGUACACACAGGUGCUUGCUUGAAGAUGGGACUGGAGGGGUCAUUUAAGCAGCAGGUUGUUGAAAAGGGUCUGGAAAGAAAAAUUUCAAUUCAGACAGUGAGGAUAAACAUUUGAUAGUUUGAAUAGCAAAGCACUAAUAGAGAUCACAAAGAAGGGGCAGAGUCUCAUCUGCAGGAGGACCACUGAAUAAGUAUCAGUGAGGAAAGGCUAGAGAAAGCCUCUGAGGGCUCUUCUAACCUUCUGUCCUCUAUCACAGACCUUGUCAGGCUCUGUACGCUUCUGAAUAAAGGCCAAGACAGUCAAACAGAGAGCAGGAAUUCCAGUCUGCAGAAAAAGUCCCUGUUUGGGGAUCUUUACAAGUGGCAGAGGUGACAGAUGGAAUAACCCUGGGCUCAGCUCUUAUCUGAACAGGCUCAGCUAUCAAAGUGGUUUGGAGUCUUGUGUGUGGGGUUAUACCUUGCUCUUGGCAAUGCAACAGCCUCCUUAUUGCCUCCCAUAUACCACCCCCCUUCCUACUGUGUGAGGAAGAGGGGUUGUAACUCUGGUAUAUAUCAGCUUUAGGAAAAUUAUUGUUUUGCCUUAUCUUUUACCCAAUAUAGCCAGAUGAGCUUUGCAGCAAGUAAAAGAUGUUCAUAGAAAGUGACAUUGUGCGGUGCUUUGUGUAAUACACUGGUCUAAUCCAUUAGUGCUUCUUCUUUUGCAUCUCCUUGGGGGGGCCUCAGCAUCAAACUCCAAAGCCUGAUCAAGCCUGAUGAACAAACUUCUUGUAUCAGCAGAGGGCGCAUCGUCAUUAACCAAACGAGAGCCCUCCAGCUCGCUGCCAAACCCCAACUGCUCACCCAGCGUGGAGUCAAGACUUCAAAGAUGGGAUGAAGUGAUGCAGUGACAGAAUCAGUGAGUUGGAAACCUGUCUCGGAGAUCCUUUUGGCAUGCACCAAACAGCAGCACACUGUGCCACCCCGUUUGUUUUGCUAGAGUUUAUGUAUUUGCAGAGUGGGGCUGACAUCUUGAGGUUGGGCACUAAAAUGCUUUAAUUUCACAGGACUGCCACCAAGGCUGGCUGUAUUUGAUACAGUGGAGCGUUUUGUCAGGCUGUUGCCUGUUCUGUCAGAGGCAAACUAUAAAUACACACGUGCUGCUGCAUUUCCCUGUCUCUCAUUCUGUAAGAGGAAAUGGGCUUGUUUUCAUGUGAUUAGCAGGCAGAGGAACUUGUGAAAGUGACACAGCUGUACUGUAAAAACGCCAGCCCACGGACUUUGCUGCCAGAGGAAUUUAAGUGCCAGUGCUGGCAGACCCAAGAGCAGGAUCGCCUGAGUCAUGGAGCGAGAACCGAUGCGCAUAAGGGAGGGCUACUUGGUUAAGAAGGGCAGCAUGUUUAAUACGUGGAAACCAAUGUGGGUGGUGCUCUUAGAAGACGGAAUUGAGUUCUACAAGCGGAAGGCUGACAACAGCCCCAAAGGGAUGGUCCCACUAAAAGGAAGCUCUAUUAACAGCCCAUGCCAAGAUUUUGGCAAAAGAAUGUUUGUCUUCAAGCUCACUGCAGCCAAGCAGCAGGAUCACUUUUUUCAAGCUGCCUACCUGGAGGAGAGAGAUGCCUGGGUACGGGAUAUCAAGAAGGCAAUUCGUUGCAUAGAGGGAGGCCAAAGGUUUGCCAGAAAAUCCACGAGAAAGUCUAUCAGACUGCCUGAAACAAUCAACCUGAGUGCUUUGUACCUCUCAAUGAAAGAUCCUGAAAAGGGAAUAAAAGAGUUGAAGCUGGAAAAAGAUAAAAAGGUGUUCAAUCACUGCUUUACAGGCACCUCUGUGAUUGACUGGCUGGUGUCCAGCAAUUCCAUCCGAAAUCGCAAAGAAGGACUCAUGCUUGCCUCUUCCCUCUUGAGUGAAGGCUACCUGCAGCCUGCGGGGGAUACAUCCAAGGCUGCCGCUGAGGGCCUGUCGGACACCCCCUUCUUAGAUCUCAGUGACGCCUACUAUUACUUUCCAGACAGUGGGUUUUUCUGCGAGGGAAAUUCUAGUGAUGAUGAUGUGGUCCUGAAAGAAGAAUUCAGAGGCAUAAUAGUCAAACAAGGAUGUCUGCUGAAACAGGGACAUCGGAGGAAGAACUGGAAAGUGAGAAAGUUUGUUUUAAGAGACGACCCUGCAUAUCUUCAUUACUAUGAUCCUGCUGGAGGAGAAGAACCACUGGGAGCAAUUCACUUGAGGGGCUGCGUGGUGACAGCGGUGGAAGAUAUGCCAGACUCCAAGAAGUAUGAUGGUGACAACAUCCUCUUUGAAAUCAUCACGGCAGAUGAAAUCCACUACUAUUUACAAGCAGCCUCAUCCACAGAGCGUACAGAGUGGAUCAAAGCAAUUCAGGCAGUUGCUAGGACUGGAAAAUGAAGAUGAUCUGCCAGUGAGAAGACCAACAACUGAAAUGAGUUACUCAAACCAGGAAUCUUAGCAUUUCACUGAGAGAAAGCAAUAUCAUCCAGAAAAGCAUCCUAGGGCUUGUGGGUUUGGGGUGAGGGCAGGUAGUAAGUUUUAAUCCUAUACCGGGCACUAACAAACUAACAUUUUUCCACUUGUGUUAUGGUAAUAUUUUACUAAAUUAUAGCAUAGAACAUGCCAUAUUAGUGUGUGCUGCUUAGAAUAAUCAGUGUACCUUGGUCAGGUUGUACCUUACACCUUUCUCUGCUGCCAAAGCUGAUGAGAAUUCACCAUUAACAGAGGACAGAGUCAUGUCACUGACUGUAAGUGCGGAACUGAACUACCUACCAUUCAGCCUGUGUUGUGGUUCAGUAUCUUCAGAUAUUUCAAAGUCUUCCUGAGACAAACUUUACACUUUCUUCUUUACCAGCCAGUGAUCUUUCUGCUGCCAUGUUCACCUGCACAAGUAAUGCCAUGGAUUUAAGGAAAGAAAUCAACUCACUUGGAAACCUAAUCCACUCCUUUAUAAUCCUUCAGUGUUAAUGAAGGGAAGAAUGUAGACAACUAUGGAAACAUGUGGAAAGCAAGUACAACUCUGUGGCAGCAGUAUGAGCUUCAGGAAAAGUCUCUUCCCGUGGUAUUUCAAAUGUGAAGCAAUCUCAGUUCAACUUCUUUAUCACCUGAUUUUGGCCUUAGCUAAAUUUCUCUACAAGAAUCUGCUCUAGGACCAUUGUUUCCCUUCAUUUAAGUCUCCAAAACGAUUGCUAGGGUGUUAUGUACUGCUGUAUUUGACCUGCAUUUGAAUUAAGAAUCCUGCAGGAGAAAGGAAAGGAUCCAUGGGUUACUUACUUGAACUACUGAUUGCAGUGAUUUUGUUCAGGUCUUUCUUUUUUAACCUCCAGCAACAUACUCAGCCCUUGGUUCUGUGCCUUAGUAAUGUAAGAGAAACCUUAUCCUUGCUGUAGCUGCAAUAAACAUCAUUAUUGGACAGAGUCAGUUUAUCUAAUCAAUCCUUAUUUUUUUGUCUAAUUGUAUGUAUCAAACUUCCAAGUCUUAAACUUGAAGCAGGAGCUGAAAGUUAAUGUCCAAUCCUACGUGUAGAUCGUUCCUAUUGCAGACUGAUGUUUCUGAGUGUGCAAAUAAACUUAAAAGCUUUUAAAAUUC